UGUGUACAAACGUGUGGACGGGUUUGAAACUGAAUUCGUCCUCCUCUUUCAACCCGAGCAAAAUUUUGUCUUAUGACUUUCUACUUUAACAACCCAUAGUGAAAAUAUCUGAAUUUCCAAUUUCUUCACUGAUAACCGUUAACAUUUUCCUCCAUCAGACUUUUGUUAUUUUAGCAUUAAGGAAUCUUUGUUCUGUCUGUUGGUCUCUGGAAAAUAAUUUCGUAAUAAGUCCAUACUGUCCUGCCAGAUAUGAAACUCACCAGCUUUCCACCGUCUUCGGGAGUCGCUGUUCAGCCAAAUGUACGGUGUUUAAUCGGAUUGUAUGGAUCUCUUAAGGAUUCCAGUUUUGAAAACCUCAAUCGACUAGUAGAAGAAGAUCAAGAUGAACAAGAGAUUUUGCGAUAUGCGAUAAGUCACGAAGAGUCUGAUGAGGUUCGGUUUUUAGUUGGAUCUCAGUCUUUGAAGCCACAAGGUAGUCAGAUCACUUUAGUAACACUUGUGGAGUCAUUAGAUAUUGAUUUGAAGAAACAGACUUUUGCACAUCCAAAUGGAGAGGUUACUUCAUUAGUCGCAUUAGCAUCUAAACCAGAUUGCUUUAUAUCAUUAUCUGCGUCAUAUUCAAGCGAACGACCAGAACUUCGUCAUAGUGCUCGACUAUGGAGAAUACCUGAUCUUAAUGAAAAUUUAUUGGACGAUGCAAAAAUCGAUUCAAAUUUAUCAAAAUCACCAGUAGAUUACAAUAAUUCAUCUACAUUGAAUAAUUCAUUGGAUUAUGUAACUACACUACCAUUGGAUAAAUAUUAUAGCAUUAAAAGGAUUACAUCACAUCCAUCGAGUACAUGCUCUGAUUUAGCGUGUGUUGUCGGACCACCUAUUGAAAUGCCUGGUUCAGGUGCUUAUUCUUCUCUUAUGACUACUACUACAACAACAAGUUAUUUAGUUAUACUUCAAGCUCCAUCAAAUUCAAAUUCUGGUGAUUAUCAAAUUAGUACAAGUGUUCAAUUAUAUUUACCACCUUCAUCUCCUAGUGAUGGUUUACGUACAAAUAUGAAAUCAUCCACUGGUUGUUUAUCAGCUACUGCAUCACCUAAUUCUAUUCGAUGGUCUCCACAUGAACAUUUAAAUCAACUUGCUAUAGCUUUUGAUAAUGGUAUAUUAGGUUGGGAUGUUCGAUCGAUGAAGCCUUGUUUCUGGAUGGAAAAUGCCCACUGGCCGUGUGUUAGAGAUAUUGAUUACAAUCCUCAUCGCCCUAACUUGUUAGUAUCUGGUGGAGACGAUGGAAUCAUGAGACUUUGGGAUCUUCGUUAUUUACGCACAAGAUAUCGCUGUCUAUCUAAUGCUGCUUCUGUAACAACAACAAAUACACCUAUUUCAAAUGCAUCUGAAAAACUUAUGCAACACGGCACGGAACCAACUGUUCAACCUUUGUUUGCAAUUGCAUCUCAUUCUCAUUGGAUUUGGUCAGUACGCUAUCACCCCACACGAGACCAACUUGUUCUCUCUUCAGGAAGUGAUGGUCGUGUUUGUUUAUACAAUUUACCUAGUUAUUCAUCUGAUGCUCUUCUUAAUAAUGACAUGAAUCAACAGUCAACUAAUGGUCAUAAUCAAAUAGAAUAUCAAGAUGAACCUGACAACCAUUCAUCUUGUUCUCAUGAAGAUGAAGCUUACAGCAAUGAAGACGGUCUAAUUGCUCGUUUAGAACAACAUGAAGAAAGUGUAUAUGCAGCUGAAUGGAGUCCAGUUGAUGCAUGGUAUUUUGCAUCAAUUAGUUAUGAUGGCAAUUUCCUCUUAAAUCGUGUUCCCGAUCAAAUUAAAUUGAAUAUUUUGUUACAAUCCAAUGACUAUUGAAUUAUUUCUUGUAAUUGUUCUCUCUGUAUCCUGUUGGAUUGCCCUUUUAAUCAUUGAUGCAUUUCUUUUUCUCUUUUGAUACUGCUACUUAUAACACGAAUUUAAUUUGGCUGUGAUAAUUAAUCUAAUCAAUCUUUUGUAUCAGUUUCACUAAAUAAUAUAAACAUGGAUACUUAUUGACGAAUA